UGGAUCUCAACACAGCCUGCACAAUGGAUCCCUUCCUGUUCCCCAAUAUCGAUUAGCUGGCGGACGAGACAACAGGCUGUGUCCUUCUUAUGCGCCUUACAAGGUGAUCACAUGAUAUUCAUGAAUGAGGCAAAUGUGGAAAAGAAAAUGUUCAUGACCCGAGAGGGCGUAUUCUGCUAUCUAGUCAUGAUACUCAGACUUACAAACUCUGGCGUGAUAUAUACCUGGAUGGUGGCCAAACUCUUGAAGUUUGCCAUUGGUCAAACUAUGGAAGCUUAUGUGGAUGACAUGAUCAUAAAAAGCAAACACUUUACAACCCAUGCUAAGUACCUUGAGGGCAUCUUCUAGAUCAUGAUCAAGUUCAACCUUCGGGUCAAUCUGAAGAAGUGCAUCUUUGCAGUCUAAGAGGGCAAGUGUCUAGGCUACAUGAUCUGCUAAAGCAGAGUCGAACCCAGAUAAGGUGAUUGCCAUCCCCGACAUGCAGCCCCUCAGAACAUCGAAGAGGUUCAACACAUCAUUGACAAGCUAGCCGCCCUUAAGUGAUCCCUCUAUAAAUCAGCCAAUUUAUAUUUAUAGUUAUAUUUGUGUCUGUGCAUGUGCAUGUGCAUGUGCAUGUGCAUGUGCCUCUACCUGUGCAUGUGCAUGUGCUUGCAUUCAUAUCCAUAUUCAUACCCAUAUCCAUAUUUAUAUCCAUAUCCAUAUUUAUAUCCAUAUCCAUAUCCAUAUUUAUAUUUCUAACCCUGUUUCUAACUCUAUUUCUAUUUCUGUUUCUGUUUCUGUUUCUGUUUCUGUUUCUGUUUCUGUUUCUGUUUCUGUUUCUGUUUCUGUUUCUGUUUCUGUUUCUGUUUCUG